GUAGGCCAAGAAAUUUGAAGAAAGUGGGCCAUGUCAACAGCAGUGGUGUAGACAAUGAGAACUAUGUCAACAGCAUCUCUUCUUUUUCCACUGGAGAAAAGUCUUCCUAUCUGUCGAAUUCAGUUAUACAGAGAAGUGGUUUAUAAGAAGAAAUAUGGACCAGUGUACAAAGUGUGGCUCAGCCCUGGACAUGUAUUUAUAUCUGUAAGGAAUGGGAGACAACUCUUCACAUUUGACUCAAAAAGUACAUCACAGGAUGAAAACAAAGGAUGCCUUGAUUUACAAAACUUAGAUCAACCCAUCCUUGAUAUCUUACCAUCUGAUUUGAGACAGUGUGUUUAUAUUGUUCAGAACAAUGGUUAUGUACAGUGCUGGAAAUUUCGAGCAGACAGGACCUGGGUUUUAGAACAGGAGUUUAAUAUAUGUAACAGCAAUAGGUCAGAGGUCACAAGUGUGUGUUUUCAUCCUAUACACAGUGCACUUUACUGGUGUGAAAAAAGAGUGACUUCCUCAUCAGACCGCUCUAUAUAUUGUAUAUGUAGGAGGAAAGUCCCCAAUGAUGAGGAGAACUUGUCAGAGCAGGAGCUUGGUCCUGUAGAAGCCAUUAUGCACAAUAUCUGUCUGUGUCAGCUCUGUCCCCUACAACAGGGUGUGGCAAUCAUUAUUAAAAGUAGGCCUCCUUUGGUUUCAAUGGUAAUUUUGUGGAAUCAAUCUAGUAACAUAGUCACUAUGUAUUCGGGUCCUUACAUGUUGUCAGUGGAAAACCCCAGCUCAACACAAGCCUUUGAUUUCACUUCACUGGGAUUCAAGUUCAUUAACAUCAGUAUUCAGGUCAGGGAUAAAUUCAGAAUGAUAGGAUAUGCAUACAAUUCUCAGAAAAUGGAGUUAGCUGUUAUUGAAGAGGGCAGCAUUGUCAGAAAACUCUCAGAUGGAAAAGAGGAAUUGGUUGAGAUAAAACUUGACAUUAGCACAGGAAAUCUGGAAGAAGGCACAUGGUUUAGUCAUCAAGGAAGCCUGGGAUUUCUGAGCAAAUCUAAUCUUCUAUUAUUUGACCUGACCUCUGGGAGAUUGGUAGACAAUAUCAUGCCACCAGAGGGAGCUGAUUUUGAGGGCAUUUGCUGCGGUAGUCCAGCGACAGUAACUCCUGCUGUAUAUACAGAAAACAAUUUAUAUUUACUCAUGAAGCAGAGAAGGAAGGAGGAGUGGGAUUUGACUACAACAUUGUCAUCUGAGGAUUUUCAAACAACAGCGCUUCAGAUAGCCCACCUUGAACAGGAGAAAACAGAGAAUCCCUCUACAAGUAUUCAGAAAAAGCUAUCAGAAUUACAGCAGACAUGGUCCAAAUCAAAAGAUCAAAAACCUGCCACAAAACUUGCAGAGAUUGUAGAGCCAUACCUAGAUGAAUAUUGGAAGAUUGAGAAAAUUCCAACCAAAGCAUUUCAACCCUCAAGGUCAGCCUGCCCCGCCUCCGUGGAUGAAGAAGUUCUCCAUGUGUUGGACCCUAAGUCUAGUAUCCCCAUGUCUGGUCGCCAUGCACGCCUCCUCUCCCUGGCCCACUCACACCCAAAACAAGUCCUCGCUGUCCUAGAAUCACAGAUGGAGUUUCACACAGGUGACAUCAGUACGGCCCAGAUCCAGCGCUGGCAGUGUAUUCUGGCUCCAGAUACGUCACCGAGUCCUGUCAGUAGUGAUGUAGCUGUGCCAAUGUUUGAGCACAUCUGUCGUCUGCUAUACCAACUUCAACCAAACAAACUGAUGCAGUUUGUGAAAAUUUGCCAAAUGAUCAAUGACCAAAAAGUGGGAGUAUCUGCAUUUAUUAGAAAACGUCAAGCUAUUCAGUAUUAUGAGCGAGCUGUGAGCUGUGUACAGGACUUAGAGGAAGUAGUUACCUCCCCUGAAUCAGCCAAAGCAUUUGUCUCACUGCUUCUGGCCAGCAAACAAGAGAACUGUGAGAUGAAGGCACUGAAGUUCUACCUGGACCACAGACACUGGGAGCUAGCUCUGGAUUUACUCGGGGAUCAUAGUGACGACUCACCACUUCACUUCAAACUCUUCCACUGUCUCCUGGACAGAAUCAACAAGGAGAAUGUUUUGACAGACUACAUUGUGAGAACGUUUUCACUAAUGCCAAAUAUCAAAAGCUUUACCUCAGUGACACAACUUAUCUCCCCUUGUGACACUUGGACUGCGGCUGAAGUUUUCUCCCCUAGUUCUGUUCCAUUUGGACAAGUUAAGUCAAUACUACUCAGUAAACUGGUGGAUAAAAGCCCAGCAGACUGACCAAUCAGGGAAUUUAUAGACUAAAGUAUAUCUAAGGUUGUUAAAUAUGCCAAAUAUUUAUUUUUAGAUUUCAUACUAUCAUUGUCUUUCAAGAGACUUUUAGUUAAGAUGUAAAUAUGUGUAUGUCAAAAGGUGCAAUACUGAGAGACGAAUUAAGUGCAUUUCAAGCAAAAUUGUUGAGACCUUACCAAUACCUGACCAGGUUCAUAUAGUCAUGAGUAGACUGAAUUGAAAGGUCAAUAACCAUUUCAUUAAAUGAUCCAGAAUUUUACAACAUCUCCACACCACAGUUUUUGUCUUCAGUUAAAAACACUUACAUGUAUACUACAAUAUGUUGUGUAAGAACAUAUCAUAAUAAUAUUAUAUUUCAACAGUUUAACAAGUGUUUAAGAAAGUGGAAAACUACAUAAUCAAACAAUAAAUUCUCAACCAUUUACUAAUAAAGGUGUUUAGUUUCUUCGA